AUGGGCAAAUUCAAGUCGGCGGGCCCGGCGUUCUUUUAUACCACGUGCCCGAGCCCGCAACAACUGGUGACCAUGACGGGAUGCCUACAGCAGGAGAUUGGUUUUUCGAUGGACUGUAUUCUGCAUGUUGAAUGCGUGCACUGUGUGUGGAGAAUUAUCUGUAGAAUCUCACGGGACAAUGUGCGUGGCGUACUUAUUCUCAUGGCGUGUUUCGGAUUGUCAACCAAAGGUUUCUGUGUUGAGGAGGAAGUCAACGGGCAUUUUAAUCUUUUAUCCAUUGAAGCGAAUAUGAGUGCGUUCGGUCAUAUUGGCGAUGGACUGCCUGAUCGACGCAUCCUGCGCCAUCGGACUGCUGGGCUGAGCGGCGCUCAGUUUAACGACUUGUGA